AUGGCCCAGAGCGUGGUUUACGCUGACCUGAGGUUUGCCAAGGUGCCCGUGGGACGCAGCACACCCUGCCAGGCGCUGGAGGCAGCCCUUGGCAUGGAUGAGGCGGAGAGUCCCUAUGAGAACAUGCAGCAGGGGCAGGCGCCUGCUGGGCAGGAUGGGCAGGGGGCCCAGCCCGGCCCAGGGCCCUGGUGCCGGUUGCGGUCCAUCCCCAUGGGGCUGCUGGCAGCCUGCCUGCUGCUGCUGGCCAUUGCCAUCUCUCUAGGGGCCUGCUACUGGCAGGUCACCCGCAGGCUGCAGGAUGCCUCCCGCGCACACGCGGCCGAGCGCGGCCGCCUCGCACAGCAGGCGAGCGAGCGGGAGCAGAGCCUGGAGCAGGCGCAGCGGGAGCUGAUGCGCGCCCGAGCGGAGCUGCAGCGCGCCUGGCUGGAGAGCAACAGCAGCCAGCGGGAGCUGGGGAGCCUGGAUGCUGAGCUGGAGAGUGUCAUGGGGGCCCUGGGGAAGAUGGAGAAGGAGCUGCAAGACAUGCAGAAGAAGCUCAAUGCCAGUGAGCGCACUGUGAGCAGCCUGCGCUCCUGCUCGAAUAUUGAUUGCUGCCCCUCGGGCUGGGUGAUGUACAGGGACAAGUGCCUCUUCAUGUCGGCGGAGAAGAAGACCUGGGAGGACAGCAGAGCAGAGUGCGAUAAGAAAAUUUCUCAGCUCCUGAUCACCAAAUCCUGGACUCGCUGGACCGUGCCGAACUUCCUGAAGAACUCGGACACUCCUUACUGGAUCGGGCUGUACAAGAGCAGCUUCCCCUGGUACGAGUACGGGUGGCUGGAGGAAGCCGAGCUGGACGACGACGGUGAGACGGAUGCCUGGUUCUGGGUCGAUGGCUCUCUUUACGAAAGGCCCUGGCAGUGGAAACCCAACGGGUCCUGCGCGAUCAUAAGCCAUGGGAACAUCAAACCCAGCCAGUGCGCCAGCCCAGACGACCUGCACCUCUGGAUCUGCGAGAAGGCGCCGGGCCCCAGCACCCCUUUCGCGUGA